AUGUCGCAAAAAGAAAUUAUCUACCUUUCGUUCGGUUCCUUUUCCAACCACAUCUCGACCCACUUUUGGAAUCAGCAACAGUCCUACUUCACAUACGACCAAUCGGACCUCCCUUCCGGAACUAACUCGUCUCGCGAUCGAGACGCUCUCCACGAUGGUGAUAACGAGCCGCUCAUAGACCACGACGUCUCGUUCCAAGCAGGUCAAACGCUGACCGGUCAAGACACGUACAACCCUCGAGCGAUCCUCUUCGAGACGCAAGCCGAGUUCGGGGCGCUGAGCAAGCUCAAUGCGCUCUACGACUCGUUCUCCUCUUCGCACGAUACUGAUCAUAAUGUCGCGCUCGAUAGCCUGCAGAGCUGGGGCACAGAGGCGCAGGUGAUCGCAGCGGAGAGGGUGAGGACGAGCAAGUACCAGCGCAGGCUCGAGUUGGAGGAUCAGGGUCUUGACCCCGGAUCUGAUGAUGAUGAUCAUGAUGACGACGACGAGGUCCAGGAUGGAAUCAACGAGAAGGACAUCGCAUCGUCCCAAGUACUCAGACCUGGGGUACCGAGACAGCGAACGACAAGACGGCCACAUCGCUUCUGGUCCGACUACUCGCGGACGUUCUUCCACUCGAAAUCGCUCGUCUCGGUCGGCGGAGAGCUCAUGGCGCCGAUGCCUGGAUCGUACAACGCAGCACAUUCAGCAGCCAGCUCGUCUUCUGAAGGACGUGUCCGCUUCGAAACAUUCUCGCAGGGCGCAAGGUACUACGACGAGCUCGAAGCACAGCAAGAGGUGUUUGACACAAAUAUCCGAUGGUUUGCAGAAGACGCCGACCUGCUGCAAGGGUUCCAGUACUCGAUCGACACCUCGGACGCAUUCGGCGGUCUUGGAUCCAAGUACCUCGAGAACCUUGUCGACGAGUUCCCCAAGCUGAGCCAUCUCGUGUUUGGCGCUGGCUGGGGCAACUUGAAGAGCAUUUCGGACGAGCAAGGGGGGGACGCAGCGUGGGAGAACCGACUGGCUCGCAUUCGGAAAAUGAACAACCUCCAGUCGUUGGUGCAGUUCAUGGAUUUCGCCACGGUCGUUACGCCGCUCAGCGUGCCCAGCUGGCAGGGAGGCACACAGGUAGGGAAGGACUGGAGGAGGUACCUGGGAAGAAUCGAUUUGGGCGACAUGCACCAUGCAGCGGCGCUCGUCUCGGCGCAUCUGGAAACGGCCACGUUGGGCACACGCAUGAAGUCGCGGUCGGAGACGCUGGCUUCGCUCACAUCGCGCUUGAAUUGGCGGAGAGACACGAAGCUCGUGCACCUUGGCGGAGCUAUUCCCGUUCCGUAUCCUACGCCCAUGACCAGUUCUUCCGCGAGUUAUGGUGCUAGCGGCUCGAUGGAUCCAGUGGAUGCGCUGCUCGCUUCGUACGGUUACGGUGGCAAUCGAGACUCUCGCGCACGGCAACGCGGAGAGCCGUUGGAGUCCGAAUCCGAGCUAGCUAAGCGGGGGUCCCAGCUCGUGCUCUGCUCGUGGCUCGAUCUGUCGCUUCCCUUCGGCCUAUCGGGUGCAGAGAAGAAACACAAGCAGCUGCUGUCCAACUUUUCCCGUCCUUUCUCGCACAAUGCGGUGCUGAGGAACUCUCGCCUCGACGACGCACGCCUGGGUCUCGGGAUGCUCGACUCGCUUCUCACGCACAUCCACCCACCCUUCAGCCAGGGUGUCUACAUCCCGCAAUCGUACAACCUUCUCUCGUCGUUCCCCAACUUCUUCUCCUCGCUCGAUAGCGCAUCUCGGCCCAUCACCGAGCCGCACGCGCACUCGGCGGCCAAAGUGACAAAGCCGAAGGACGUGCCUGUACUCUCGUCACUCUCGGCCACCCCGUCGAGCGUGUUCCGCCUCAGAGAGGCGAGAGAGGACAUUCGCGUGGCGCUCCAGGGCCACGCACCGCUAGCAGCCUACGGUCUGGACGCAGAAGACGCACGAGACGCGCUCAAGGAGACACGCGAACUCGUCGAGGGCUGGAUCGAUACAUACACCGUCGACACUGCCGGAGGCGAUGCAGACGACGGAGACGCAAUCGGCACCGAUGAAGAGUAUGACGUCGAUCAGAAGGACGACAACGAUGGAUUGGACUGGGAUAUGUAA